AAAGCUCCUCAAAAUAUGUUUUUAUUUAUUUAUUUAUUUAUUUAUUUAUUUAUUUAUUUAUUUAUUUAUUACAGGUCCGAAUAUCACACCCUUCUAAAGAUUCAUCGAUACUUUGGGGACUUAUGCAGUCACUUUUUAAGCAGAAAGGAUAUCAUGCAGUUCUUAAAAAAUGAGAACUUUGACCUAGUACUUCUUGAUUCAGUAGACAUCUGUGCUUUGCUGACUGUUGAAAAGCUUGGGAAACGAUUUGUUACCUUUCUUCCCUUUCAAUUUAGCUAUAUGGACUUUUGGUUACCAAGCGCCCCCUUGUCCUAUGCUCCAGUGUAUGGUUCCGGUCUUUCUGACCAAAUGGACUUCUGGGGCCGAGUGAAGAACUUUCUGAUGUACUUUCAUUUCUUCAAGAAGCGAAGGGAAAUCCUUUCUCAAUAUGACAGCGCUGUCCAGGAGCAUUUUGCAGAAGGCUCUUGGCCAGCGUUGUCUGAACUUCUACUGAAAGCCGAGCUGUGGUUUGUCAACUCUGAUUUUGCCUUGGAUUUUGCUCGUCCCCUGUUUCCCAACACAGUCUAUGUGGGAGGUUUACUGGACAAACCUGUUCAGCCAAUACCCCAAGACUUGGAGAAUUUUAUCUCUCAGUUUGGAGACUCAGGUUUUGUCCUUGUGGCCCUGGGCUCUGUAGUGAGCAUGCUUCAGACCAAGGAAAUUAUUAAGGAGAUGAACAGUGCCUUUGCUCACCUCCCUCAAGUGGUGCUAUGGACAUGUAAGGCUUCUCAAUGGCCCAAAGAUAUCAGUUUGUCCGCAAAUGUCAAAAUCCUGGAUUGGAUCUCUCUCUCUUUUGUAACAGCUCACCCUAGCAUUCGUCUAUUUGUCACUCAUGGGGGGAUGAACAGUGUAAUGGAGGCCGUCCAGCAUGGUGUACCCAUGGUGGGGAUUCCAUUUUUUGGAGACCAACCUGAAAACAUGGUCCGAGUAGAAGCAAAGAACCUUGGUGUUUCUAUUCAGCUACAGACGCUCAAGGCAGAGUCAUUUGCGCUCACCAUGAAAGAAGUCAUAGAAGACAAGAGGUACAAGACUGCAGCAAUGGCCUCCAAGAUUAUCAGGCACUCCCACCCACUGACCCCUGCCCAGAGGCUUGUGGGCUGGAUAGAUCACAUCUUGCAGACAAGGGGUGCAGCACAUCUUAAGCCCUAUGCUUUCCAGCAGCCAUGGCAUGAGCAGUACAUGUUGGAUGUCUUCUUAUUUCUGUUACUGCUCACACUGGGUACCUUGUGGCUUAGUGUAAAGAUUCUUGUUGCUGUAACCAGGUAUCUGAGUGGAGCAUGGAAGGUCAAGCAGGCAUAAUGAUGAAAAGCUGGGCUUGGCUCCAGUAUGGUCUGUGGAUCCUCAGAGGACUUCCAUCAUUAAGUAGGGUACAACUCUAGCAUUCUCUGCCUCCAUCUUCUACAGAUGCACCUGAGUUGUUUCCUCACUACUUUUGGCCCCUUUGCUUCUUGUUUUUGUCUUGUGACCUUCACGCCUACUUAGACAUAAACCAUUUGCAUCAUCUGUUCCUCCUCCCACUCAUUUAUCCUAAACACACUGCUUCAAUAGGCUGUUUGCCCCAUGGCUCCUUAUGUUCUUCUUCUUUUUAUCCCUUCUAUCUUUUGGGAUUAAAACCAUACGUGGCAUUUUUUUCUCAUGUUUUUCUUCUCUUUUCCUAUAAACACUCUUUACAGCUCAGAUCACCUGCUCUGCCUUACUCCACUUUUUCCCUCAGACCUGGACAGCAAUCAUUCUAUAUUAUAAAUGAAUUUAUCUAAGAACAUGUGAAGGAGAAAAAUAUAAUAAUUAUUGUUUGGUAAAAAUCAGAAUAAAAUGAUAUGAAACUGAAAUAUUAGAAGAAAAUACUUUCAAAAUGCUCCUGAUAUAAAAGAUAUAUUUCCAAGCAUUUAAGUAAUUACAAAAGGAAAGAAUCUGCUGUCUCUUUAUUCUUUGGAGUAAUGUGUCUAUAUAAAAUAGAAUGGUCUUGAGUAUUGGUAACUAAAAUAAUGCCAUUGAGCAUAAGCAAUAAGUAUAUACUUUCACAUUAUCUAAGAUGCUAAGUAAGAGUUGAUGUGCCAUGGAUAGUGUACGACUUUGCUUCUUACACUAUAAUUUUAUUCUUGAAAAUAACCAUAAUUUUGAGAUUCACUUGAUGUUUCCUCUGAACUGUAUGGAUGCUGCAGUGUGAAGAAUCUUCACAUAUCACAGUUCACAUUACCCAUAGGUAUGUCAAUGGUUUAUGUACAAAACAUGUUAAAAUGAAUAAAAUGGGCAAACCCAUGAAAUCAAAUAUA